UUCCCGGAGCCCGCUGCCCUCGGGGGAGGGGGCUAAACAAAGGCCUCGCCAGUCCGGGCUGGGGAAGCUGCUUUGCUUCGAUGCUAAUUGGCCCUGGGUCUCCCGUCUUAAAAAGGAAACGACGCUUUGUGGGCUGCGGAGCGCAGCUGGACCGCGCGUCCCCCUCCUCUUCCUGAUGCUGGAAGGGCCAGAAGGGGCUGUUUCAGAGUUUUGAGCAGCAAAACCCUCGGAGUCCGUGGCUGUGCAGCUUGGGUGUCCUGUCCUCGGCUUAGGGGCACAGGCUUGCGGGCGGACCUGGGGACGGCGGAGGCAUCGUGUCCUUCCUCCUGGAAGGAAGGAGCUUCCCGAGCUUUCCUGGGAGGCUCGCUGGGGCUGCGGAGAUAACCUGAGGCCCUGCAACAGGCUGGGGGGCCCAAGGACCAUCCCAGGCCUUGGGACAGCUGGUAUCUUUCAGUCACCGCCCUGGAGAGGCAGGUGUUUGACUUCCUGGGCUACCAGUGGGCACCCAUCCUGGCCAACUUCAUCCACAUCAUCGUCGUCAUCCUGGGACUCUUCGGCACCAUCCAAUACCGGCCGCGCUGCGUCAUGGUGUACACGGUGUGGGCAGCCGUCUGGGUCACCUGGAACAUCUUCAUCAUCUGCUUCUACCUGGAAGUCGGUGGCCUCUUACAGGACAGCGAGCUACUGACCUUCAGCCUCUCCCGGCAUCGCUCCUGGUGGCGUGAGCACUGGCCGGGCUGUCUGCACGAGGAGGUGCCGGCAGUGGGCCUCGGGGCCCCCCAUGGCCAGGCCCUGGGGUCACGUGCUGGCUGUGCCCUGGAGCCCAGCUAUGUGGAGGCUCUACACAGCGGCCUGCAGAUCCUGAUUGCGCUUCUGGGCUUUGUCUGUGGCUGCUAUGUGGUCAGCGUGUUUACGGAGGAAGAGGACAGCUUUGAUUUCAUUGGUGGAUUUGAUCCAUUUCCUCUCUACCAUGUCAAUGAAAAGCCAUCCAGCCUCUUGUCCAAGCAGGCGUACUUGCCUGCGUAAGUGAGGAAACAGCUGAUCCUGCUCCUGCGGCCUCCAGCCUCAGCGACCGACCAGUGACAAUGACAGGAGCUCCCAGGCCUUGGGACGCACCCCCAGCCAGCACCCCCCAGGUGGCCGGCAGCACCUGCCCUGGGUUCUAAGUGCUGGACACCAGCCAGGGCGGCAGGGCAGUGCCACAGCUGGCUGCAGCGUCAAGAGAGUUUGUAAUUUCCUUUCUCUUAAAAAAAAAGAAAACAUAUAAAAGGCAGAGCCCCAUAUGCCCACCUCCUCCGGCAACAUGGGGGUCACAGCUCUGCCCCCAGGCCGUCAUCUCAUCGAGGCGCCCUCCCUCAGGUGCCCAUCUGGGGCUGCUGGACCCUCAGGCUGCAAGCACCGCUGCUGGGAUGCAGCGACGCAGGAACGGCGCAGCCUCCCCAGGAAGUCAAUGUAAGCCCCGAGACCCCUCAAGUGGGCCCCAGUUGAACAUGGAGGGUGCCCAACCCCAAACUCGUGCCAGAAGAACCCCCACCCCACCCAGGAGCUGAGGCUGACGGAGCCCUGGGGUGGGGGCUGGGCUUAACCAGGAACGGCAGAGCCAGGCCCCAAGGCAUAGGGCAGGGCACGUGGUGGUGACGAGCAGGCGGUACUCUUGUAAAGAGGGUUCUUGGGCAAACAGUCCCAAAGGCUCCCCCAGGUAUCAUCAAGUUGGUAAAUAAACAGGAACAUGGCCCUCGCC